AUCCAAAUCACCACACCCACAGCCCAGAGUCUCCAGACUAUCCACUUCUCGCGGCGUACGUUGGCCGACACCGGCCCUCACCUUCUCUCUCUCCCUCUCCCCAUUUGCCGGCUUUUAUAGCCUUAAAAAGAUGGGAAAAAAAUAAUUUAUUAUUCUAAAGAGAGAAGCUAGAGAGUGAGAGAGAGAGAGAGAGAGAGAGAGAGAGAGAGACGUUUUAGUUUUACAGCUUUUGAAUCCAAUUCUGGUCCUGUAAAUUGAUACUGCUACGGUACGUGUGUGUGUGAGAGUGAGGUUUGACUUUAUUGACAGACUGAUAGAUCAAUGGUCCAUAAGGGUCCAAGGAAUGGGGAGAUUAAUCCAUAGUUUGGCUUGGUGUUUUUGGUCUAAAACUGGUUAUUGAAGUGACUGUUUCAAAGUGGUGCGAGUCUUCAUUUUGGAGAUUGCAUUAGACAGGUCUGCAAUUGUUUGAGAUCCGGUGACACUACCAUGGGUGUCUCUGGGAAAUGGUUUAAAGCAUUGGUUGGUUUAAAGAAGUCAGAAAAGUCACAAUCUUCAGAGAAGGAUGACAAUAGGACCGCUACUAGUAAGUUCCAGCAUAGGAGAAAGCAUGCAGUUGAGGUUGAUGCUGAUAAACUUCAAGUGGAGUUUAAGGAUAAUGUUGCUGAACCAGUUGGUGAUGCCAAUAUCCAUUCUGUCCCAGAUGCUUCAGAAUCCCCUUCUGCUUCACUUCAAGCACAGAAUGUAGCACAGAAUCAACAAGUUUUGAGAGAAGAAUGGGCCGCCACACGCAUCCAAACAGCUUUUCGAGGAUUUCUGGCUAGAAGAGCUCUACGAGCGUUAAAAGGAUUAGUUAGACUGCAAGCACUUGUAAGGGGUCAUGCUGUGAGAAAGCAGGCUGCAAUAACUCUUCGCUGCAUGCAAGCUUUAGUGAGAGUUCAGGCGCGCAUUCGAGCAAGGCGUGUUCGCUUAGCAUUAGAAAGUGAAACAGCUCAACAAAAACUUCAGCAACAACUUGCAAAUGAGGCUUGGGUUCGAGAAAUAGAGGAUGGGUGGUGUGACAGUGUAGGAUCAGUUGAACAAAUUCAAGCCAAAUUGCUAAAGAGGCAGGAGGCAGCAGCUAAGCGUGAGAGAGCCAUGGCAUAUGCUUUGGCUCAUCAGUGGCAGGCGGGAUCAAGACAGCAGGCUGCUCCUGCUGGGUUUGAACCAGAUAAAAGCAGUUGGGGAUGGAACUGGUUGGAGAGAUGGAUGGCUGUCCGUCCAUGGGAGAAUCGGUUUCUUGACAUAAAUCUGAAAGAUGAGGUCAUGAUUCAUGAAAAUGGAACAGCAGAUGGUAACAAUGGCACCAAACCACAGAUAAAGUCUGCUGGCAAGAAACCAGUUGUAUCUAGUCGGCAGUCAAACCUUUCAAUUCAGAAGACAGGUCCAUCUAAUUCUGAUGGAAGUAGUACUUCUCCUGGCAAGCUAGAUGCAUCAAACACAGUUUUUGCGAAGCUAAAGGCGAAGCCAGUUCUUGAAGAUCUGGUUGAAGAAGCAAACUCAAGACCUGGCCUUGUUCAAAGAUCUCACAGCAACCCAAAAGAGAGGUUAAUACAAUCAGAUAAACAGGCAAAGAAGAGGUUGUCUCUGCCUAAUAGUGGGGGAGGUGCUGGGGGUCAAGCAGCGAUGCAUGGCAGAAUUGCAGGUAAAGGGACACGAGGUUCUCAUAAACCUGCGAGGUACAAGCCGAACUUAAAUGGAAAAGGUGACUCGAACCUCACAAAGUCUGUUGCACAGGCCAUUGAUGUGUAGUUUGGAUGAAUCCAAGGAAGAUGAAUUAUUUAUUUAGGCUAUUCUCCAUUGAUGCUGCUGUAUCAGUUUGUAUAUAUACGUGCGCAAUGUGAGAGGAAGCAAAAAUCACAUUGCUUUCAUUCGUGUCAUAAAAUUCCAAGUUUGUAUUUGAUAUGGGAGAAGUUGAGGUAGGCUUGGCUUGUCCGGGGAAAUAAGAUAAGCAGGUUUGGUAUGUUGUUGCUAUUGUAGCCAUGUUUAUUUAUUGUUGUUAAUUAUGUGAUUAUCCGAUUUUAAUUCCAAAUAUAUGAUUCUCAGAGAA